UUGUGUCUUUAAAUUGGUAAUUCGUUUUUGGUUUUUGAUGGCAUCGUCUGUUGCAAUUGAUCCCGUUGUGACCCUGUGCCCUCCAAAUCACAAUUGGAGGAUCAAAGUGAGAGUUGUUCGACUAUGGAUUGCUGAUGGGUUUGCUGGGGAAAACAAACCUGCUUCAAUGGAGUUGAUUUUACUGGAUCAACAUGGUGGAAAAAUCCAAGCAACUGUGAGGAAGCUCAUGUUUAGGAAGUGGGGUGAACAGUUCGUGGAAGGAAAUGUUUAUAUCAUUACAUUUUUUCACUUGAUCCCCAAUUUGGGUGCCUAUCGACCUACUGAUCAUGCUUUUAGGAUUCUUUUUAAUCCUAAAACUAAGAUCAUUCCAGCUGAGAGUAGCAUUAUCCCAAGGUGGGGAUUUUCUCUGAAGGAUUCUGCUCAACUUAAUGAUGAUGGCUUCCAGACGGAAUACUUAGUUGGUGGGUGUUUUUUAACAAUGAGCCUAGGCUAUAGAUUUUGUUUGAAAUUUUCUCAUCCAAAUAUUUCGAUGUAGAUAUGAUUGGUUUGUUGACAGCUACCUCUGAGGA